UCACAUUUCGAAAUUAUCCGAACAAGUCUGGGCACCGACUUUUUUCUUUCUACAUGGAUAUGACCGUUAUAUAAAAUUUAAAAUUCUUUCAAUAUCUAGGUCAGUGGUGGUGUGACGUAGCGUAAAUUUGUUUAUUAGUAACUGGUAUAGUCUCAUCUGUACGUCACGCAGAAGUCCGGACGGGGGAUUUAAUGCGAACAAAGAGAGUUUCGCAAUAGGUCGACCAUAGCAAUGCUCGUAUCAACACUGGCGUCACGACCGUAGCUGUACCGGGUCCGUUUUGAGUCCCUCUCCGUCCGUCUACACCUAACCCCCGGGGAAUUAUGGGGAAUCUGGAAAAAGGCGUGGUCAGCAUAACAGUAUUGAUAAUAUCAGUGAUAUUAUCCUUAGUAUUGUUUUCAGCUGACAAUGUAGACGCAUAUCGGAGGGGCGGAUCUAGAUACUACCGAUCCUACAGAUAUUAUUACUAUUCCCGCUAUUACUACUACAGUUACUAUGGAUACAGCACCACCGGAAGUUCAUCGAGCGCCGGAAUAAUCGCGGGAGCAGUGAUUGGUGGGAUCUGUGCCAUAGUGUUCAUUACAAUUGUCGUGUGUUUGAUAAGGUAUAAAUACUUCAGAAACACGGGAACAAAGAGCGCACCAUCCGUGCAAGUCAAACUGAACACACCUAGUUCCGUCAUUCAAAAAAGACAGGAAUUUCAUGAACGAAAAGGUCCGGCCUAUUUUGAACCACCGCCUGGAUAUAAUAACCUGUACGGACAACAGCCGCCCCCGGGUGCUUUCCAAUACCAACCCACCUAUCCCCCUCCGUCUGACCCCGCGUAUCCGCCCGGGUAUGUGCCGCGGUAAUACUAUACUCUGCAUACACACCUAAGUACGAGUGACGAAAACUCGGGACUCCGCAUGCUCGCCCGGAUGUAUGCCGCUGUAAUUCUGCACUUAUCGUGACUUUUCAACUCUCAACAUGGACCGGAAACGGAAAUUCUCUCUGCACUUAUUCAAACGACGACACCAAGACAUAUAUAACAAGGAGGACAAGUUGGCUGCACACGCACCGGUUCUUUUAUAUUUGAUUUAUUUUAAAAUCAGCUUCUGAUGUUUAUGAGGACUGCUUUCGUGUUUGUGGUGAAUUGCUAACUUUUACUAUUUAUUGCCUCCGUCCGAAUCCUGAAUCUCUGCAAUCUUUCUAGAUUGGAAUCUCUGUGAUAUAUAUGAUCGUAUGUUACUGUCUACAGUGAGUUACUGCAAUACCUUUAUGGUACUCAAUCGUUUUCUUUGAAUACUCACCCGCAGUAUUAAAAGUGAAUACUUUUCAUUCAUGCACAUUGAUACGAGUGACUUGUUCGAGUGUAACCCACUGAUCAGUGGAGUGUGACGAGUAACUGUUUGUUACAUGUUCAUGAAAUUGUUAACGUUUUGCAUUUAUAUACUGUUUUUAUGUUUCUUCUACAUAUAAACAACAAACCUUACACAUUA